ACAAACAAGUUCGGACAAGCCCGGAGGGAACAAUGGGAAUAACCCGUAAUGAAUAGAGAUGCUUCGGACAAGUUAAAACCCGCAACGUAAUAUAAUGGAUUGAUGUGGAUACGAGAGGACUGCGUAUAAAAGUCGGAGCGUUUGUUUUUUGAUUGUCAUUCGUCUGCCUGCCACUGAAGACAUCGAAUUCUCUGCAAGAUAACGCAAUUUUCUGCACGCAAAAUCAAACAAAUUUGCCCUCUAAAAGAGAUGGAUCCAGGACCAAUCGUACCUCCAUCUUCGCCAUCCAUUGGUUUAGAAAAUGGGCCGUUUGAGUGUAUGACAAAGUAAACUCACACCCAGGUGAAAAGAGGCUGGCGCGAAGCUUACAGCGCAAGUGAGAAGAGACCGUAUUAUUACAACGUUUUCACCCGAGAGAGCCUGUGGGCCAUACCUACCGUCCAACCAGCUCAACAGGAGGAGAGUCAGGCGGACUCCGGGCCUGCACCGGACUUGCUGGCAGCUGCCAUGGCAGAGCUGUCCGGCAAACCACCCAUGAAACUCGCCGAACCCCCGUUCAUCAAGGGAAAACCCGGCAAGAAGAGAAAGUUCAGCCCGGACCCCGAGCAGGAAGAGAACGACAGGAACGUCGUUAGAUUCCACAUUGGAGGUGAGCGUUAUGUUUAUGUCAAGCGCUUCAAGGGUCACGUGUACGUUAACCUACGAGAAUACUACUUCAACGAAGACAAAACUAAACUACUGCCAGGAAAAAAGGGGCUGAACCUCACGGCAGAGGAAUGGAUGAAUUUGUCCGAUCGGAGCAAGGCUAUCAACGAAGCCAUAGACAUGGUCUAAAUCAUCACAGUAUCUCAACGCUUACUCUUUUCUUUCUUUUUUUCUUAAUUUCACUACAGA